AUGCAUCUUAUUUUGACUUCAUUCUCUCCGGUUUAUCUCAUACUAGCGCCUACUUCGGGAAACGAUAAUGGUGGCUACUGGAGACGGCCCUUUGAUAAACGUGGUUGUGUAAAUAAAAGCGGCACUAUUGCCAACGUACUAUUUCCAAUGCUUAUUUUCCCAUAUGGGAAGAAUUUAGAAGGUAUUGAGAAAAAGGUGACAAAUGCAGCCAAAUGA